AUACACUUCCGGUUCCAGGUCAGCGUCACAUCAAGACGGACAUGAGUCUCUUGCUGCCUUCCUCUUAGGUCGUCGACUUAAAUUGUCUCCUUAUUUAGCCAAAUAAUCCAUCAUCGUGUUAAAUGUUAUUGAUAUUUCCAAUCCAUUAAAGGACGCUGGCGGGUAUUCACGUGUUCACGCUACUUUUGACGCAGUAACCUUGGCCUGCAUGUCGGUCAAAUAGCGUCAGUGAAUGGAUGUAACAGAAAUCUAACAACAUGUCUAUACUUGGUUUAAAGUUGUCACCUGUCAAGAUUUUAACAGCAGACGCACUUUCACGUUGUCUCACGUUCGUGUCUGCACGCAGCAAGUUCGGCAAAGCAAGACUCCCCAAAGAGAUUUUCGAAGAGCGGUCACAAGAACAUGAGAAGUAUGGCGGUGACCCGGACCAGCCUCACAAACUGCACAUAGUGACCCGGGUUAAAAGUGCGUUGAGAAGGCCAUACUGGGAGAAAGACUUGGUCAAGUGCUUUGGCCUUCAAAAGGCACAGGUACCUGUCAUCCACAAGAACAUACCUUCUGUCAAUAACCAACUGAAGUUCAUUAAACAUCUCAUCAGAAUCGAGCCACUAAAGACUCCGUAUGGACUCCCCACCGAGCAAGACCUGGCCGACUCCUACAUCAACAGCAAAGGAGAGCUGAUAAUUCGACGCCUGCUUCAACCUGUCGACACCAAGGCCAUCAAGCCUUGAUUAUUGAUACAUGAUAAAUAUGCCAGUAGUUACUGGUGCACUAAAAAACACAUUAUUUUGUAUUAUCUUGUCAAAUAAAACAAUUCUGACAGCAA